AUGGCCGCUCCAAGCGCUAAGGAGGAAGCUUUCGCAGGAGCAGCAGAGGAACGAGACCCAGUGGUCGAGCACCCCGAUCCUGAGAUCUCCGCAGCCAUCAAUGAGGAGGAAUACCUCGUUACCCCCGUCAAGGGUUGUGACUUUGCGUUCGAAAUAGGAAACUUUCCCAUCCUGAGGUCGAAGCGAAUGGAGCUGUUGCCCGGGGAUUUCACAUUCCCAAUGAGAUCCGAACAGCUCGCACUGCAGGAGAGCCUCCGUAAGCCGACCCUCGCAGAUCAGGACUGCUCGUGGGGAGACACAGAAGGUGCCGGAACACGCGCCCCGCCUGGGGAUUCGCCGGACGAGCCUUUGCCUCCGCCCGGUGUGCCUGAUUUGGACGGCUCCGAUUUGAAGGAUCGUUUGUCCGAGUACUUGGACCAAGUGGCCAAGGAAAACGAGGACUAUGUUCCCGAAGAUGUCGGAGCUGUGGAGGACUGGCUGGGGAGGGAUGCUCCUGGAUCUUCUAAGGCACAACGGGAGGCUGACAUUGAAAGAUUCGAACGCAAAAAGGCUCGUGAAGCCGAGGAAGAUGCUCGCAAGGCCCUUAGAGACUCCCCGGCCAUGCCUGUCAUCGCCGAGCCUGACCCCGCCCAUUUCGGGAAAAUCUUUGAGAUUUGUUCGGUCAAGGGGGAUGAACUCCCGGACGGGCACCCCCAGAAGAAAUGGAAGGGUCGUAGUGUCUUCCAGGGCAAUAAUGUCCAGGACGAAAACCACGAUCACGCCAUUUUCGCCGAACUAGGAUCAAGCCCCGCUAGCAUGGAGGCCGGGAAAAUCAUCGAUGUGUUUGGUAGCCAACCCGGGUACGUGAAACAGCAGGCUGAUGGCAUCGCCGCAUACACACAAGCCCUUUUUAAAGGCAUUGAAACGUGGGUUCGUCUCCCUCGAAACAGAUGGCCUAAAGAAUGGUCUGGGUAUGAAGAUCCUGUUUGCCCACUCAGGCUCGCUUUGUACGGCCACCCUGACUCAGGUGGUAUCUGGGAGAGGUACUGUACAGAACAGUUAGAGAGUGUUGGUUUUACUGCAGUUCUACCCGACAUUUGGCAUUCUGUUUUCUACCAUGCUGAACUAGAUUUGUUGCUUGUUGUGUACGUUGAUGACUUCAAGAUGGCCGGCCCCCAAGACAAAAUCAACAAAGGUUGGGAGUUGAUAGCUAAGGUGAUUGACAUGGAACCAGCCGAGGUCUUGGGGCGGUACUUCGGGUGUCAUCACGUUGAGCAAAAUCAGGUCCAGCUUUCACGGGAGGACCACCCAUUUGCUUACGUCUUCGACAAGAAGCACGCUAGCCCAGCUGCCGACUACCAAGUCCGGCCGAACCGCAAAGAGGACUUCUGGGAGGUCGACGCUGAGUUAGCUGCAGUCGUUAGGUUGGUGGACUGGGAGAACAUAUUUCCCCAUCACUGA